AUGACUCAGCCUGCUCUCCCGGACGUCGAAAGCAAGCCAGCGGAGGGCAUUUCCUACUUCACUCCUGCACAGAACCCCAUCCCCGGAUCUGCAGCCAAUCCUCAAUCCACCGGCAAACCACUUCCUAAACUUUUCCAACCUUUGACUGUCCGCGGAGUCACUUUCCAGAACCGCCUCGCAUUGUCUCCGAUGUGUCAGUACUCCGCACAAGACGGGCAUAUGACAGACUGGCAUAUGGCACACCUGGGUGGGUACGCACAGCGUGGACCAGGGUUUCUCAUGAUUGAAGGCACUGCUAUCCUGCCUGAGGGAAGGAUCACGCCUCAAGAUGUUGGCUUGUGGAAGGAUUCCCAAAUCGAGCCUAUGAGACGCAUCAUCGGUAUUCAGCUGUUCCACUCUGGUCCUAAAGGAAGCAACAACGCCCCUUGGUUACAGAGUAGUGUCAUUGCUACUGAAAAAGUUGGCGGCUGGCCUGAUAACGUCAAGAGUGCCAGUGACAUUCCUUUUGCUCCGAAUUAUUGCCAACCCAAGGCCAUGACCAAGCAGGACAUUGAAGAAUUCAAGUCCGCUUGGGUAGCUGCCGUGAAACGCGCCAUCAAGGCAGGAGUAGACUUUGUCGAAGUCCACACAGCUCACGGAUUUCUUUUAAACUCUUUUCUUACUCCGUACUACAACAACCGAACGGACGAAUACGGCGGCAGUUUUGAGAAUGGAAUCCGUCUCUCGCUCGAAAUUGCUCAGCUCACUCGCGAUACCGUUGGUCCUGAUGUUCCUGUCUUUCUUCGUGUCUCUGCUUCGGAUUGGGUUCAGGAGAGUUCCGAGAGCACGUGGACAAUCGACGACACUGUCAAGUUCGCCGAAGCUCUCGCCAAGCAGGGCGCUAUCGAUGUGAUUGAUGUCAGCUCCGGUGGUGCACACCCCGCCCAGAAGAUCAAUUCCUUCCCCGGUUUCCAGGUCCCCUUUGCUGUUGCUAUCAAGAAAGCCGUCGGUGACAAGCUUGCUGUUGCAGCGGUCGGUAUGCUCGAUACUGCCGAACUAGCUAACAAGGUUCUGGAGGAAGAUGGACUAGACUUUGCUCUUGUCGGCCGCGGUUAUCUGAAGAAUCCGAAUCUCGUUUGGAAGUUCGCCGAGGAACUGGGAGUGGAUUUUUCGAUUGCCCAUCAGAUUCGCUGGCCUUUUACAGGCCGUGGUGAGACUGCGUAUAUCAGGCCGUCCACCAAGAACGAUGCCAUUUUUUGA